UAGUUAAUCUACAAACCGCAUCUUUCUUCGUCCAAACCAAAAAUGGCUCACUCGCUUUGGUUAUUUUUCCUUCUCCUUUCUUCUGCUACUGCUUGUGAUCGAUGCGUGCAGCAAUCUAAGGCUGCUUAUUUCUCUUCAGACUCUCCACUUCCAUCCGGAGCUUGUGGGUAUGGUUCCUUGGCAUUAAAUCUUAGCGGUGGAAGCCUUGCAGCCGGUGUUUCUUCCCUUUACAAACUCGGAGCUGGUUGUGGUGCUUGCUUUCAGAUAAGAUGCAAGGACCCAAAACUGUGCAGCAGUAGAGGAACUAAUGUGACACUAACUGAUCUCAAUUACAAUAACCAAACUGAUAUUGUUCUUAGCAACAGCGCUUUCACGGCCAUGGCUAACCAGGGCAUGGCCCAAGACGUUUUGAAACUUGGGAUAGUGGACGUCGAGUAUAAAAGGGUACCUUGCGAGUACAAAAACCAGAACCUAGCUGUUAGAGUUGAAGAAUCAAGCCAAAAGCCUAAUUACUUGGUAAUCAAAUUGUUGUACCAAGGUGGUCAAACAGAGGUUGUUUCCAUUGAUGUAGCUCAGGUGGGGUCUUCGAACUGGAAUGCCAUGGCUAGGAACUCGGGGGCAGUUUGGGAUACAAGCAGAUUCCCAGAUGGUGCAUUGCAGUUCAGAUUUAUGGUAACAUCUGGGCAUGAAGGGAAGUGGGUUUGGGCAAAGACUGCGCUUCCAGCUGACUGGAAAAAUGGACUUGUUUAUGAUACCGGACUUCAAAUCACAGACAUUGCACAAGAAGCUUGCACUCCUUGUGAUGAUGGCAACUGGACAUGACAAGUUUAGCUUCGAUAU